AUGGGGCUAUGGAAGCGAUCUGCUCCCACGGCGGGAGACGACAUCACCCAGUUGAACGGCGACAACAAAGAUGACUAUGGCGCUCAGAACGAGGAGACUGGCAAGUCCUCUGGCUUCAAGCUAAACAAAGCCGGCGAUGGAGAUGAGGCAAUGGGGCUGUUCUCAUCGUCUGCCGAUGUACACGAGCCUAUCGAUCCGCAAGAGGAGAAGAAGGUGGUGCGGAAGAUUGAUCUGAUGAUCUUGCCGUACCUGGCAGUCUGUUACUGCUUCUUCUACAUCGACAAAACCACCUUAAGCUAUGCCGCCAUCUUCGGCAUCGAAGAGGACCUCAACCUCCAUGGCUCCCAAUACAGCUGGCUCAGCUCAAUCUUCUACUUUGGCUUUCUCGCCUGGGCGUUACCAACCAACCUACUCCUCCAGCGCCUGCCGGUCGGGCGCUACCUAGGCUUCAACAUCUUCCUCUGGGGCUUCUUCUUGAUGCUACAGGCCGCGGCGCAUAACUUCGCUAGUUUAGCUGCCUUGCGAGCAUUGGCUGGAGCUGCGGAGGCAGUGUCGGAUCCUUCGUUCAUGCUAAUCACGUCUAUGUGGUAUACGCGGCGCCAGCAGCCUGUUCGUAUGGGGUUGUGGUAUACGGCGAAUGGAUUUGGCAUUGCGCUUGGAGGCCUGCUUGGGUUCGGGAUCGGCCAUAUCCAAGGUGCCCUGCCUUCUUGGAAGUACGAGUUCUUGGUCAUCGGUGCGCUAUGCUGCGCUUGGGGUAUUGUGAUGUUCAUCUUCCUACCCGAUAGCCCAGUGACGGCAAAAGGACUGUCGCUUCACGAAAAGCGUAUAGCCGUCGAACGACUGCGGGAGAACCAGACGGGUGUUGAGAACAAGCACUUCAAAUGGUACCAAGUCAAGGAGACGUUUACAGACUACAAGACCUACCUCUUCUUCAUUCUUGGCUGCGUGUGCAACGUCCCCAACGGCGGCAUCUCAAAUUUUGGCACCAUAAUCAUCCAAGGAUUUGGAUUCAGCACCCUCGUUACCACGUUGAUGCAAAUACCCUACGGAACGCUCAUCGCCAUCUCGAUCCUCUCAUGCGUCUUUCUAAACGACUACAUGUCUCGCAAAGGCCGACAAACUCGGGUGUGGUUCGUUCUACUUUACCUCUGCCCGAACAUUGCUGGAGCGUUCGGGCUUCGCUUCUUGUCUGAAGGAAAUCAGGGCGGGAGAUUGGUGUGCUAUUACCUUACCGGACCUUACAAUGCGGCGUUUGUUCUGCUGUUGUCGAUCACUAUUGCGAAUACUGCAGGACACACGAAGAAAGUCCUCACGAAUGCCAUCCUAUUCCUAGGUUACUGCACUGGAAACAUAAUCGGUCCCUUCUUCUACCUUUCCUCGCAAGAGCCGCGCUACGAGCUCGGCAUUUGGAGCAUGAUCGUCUCGCACCUUAUCGAAGCAUGCAUCGUCUUGCUGCUCCGCUUCUUGCUAAGCCGAGAGAACAAGCGACGCGACAGAAUCCAGAGUGCUGAGGCCGGAGGACUCGAGGGAAGGGACCUUGAUGCGACCGCUUUUAGCGACAUGACGGACCGGGAGAACAUCAAUUUCAGGUAUAUCUACUAG